AUGUAUAGAGAUCGUUUACGUGAACAAAUUUCUGUCAGCUGGAGGAGUAUGCGUGUCGUGGCCAUUGGUGUGUUUGAUUAUUUUGCUGUUGGUGGUGAUAGUGGUGGGGAUGAUUUAGAUGGUGAUAGUAGUGGGGGUGAUAGUGGUGGGGGUGAUAUAGAUGGUGAUAGUAGUGGGGGUGAUAGUGGUGGGGAUGAUUUAGAUGGUGAUAGUAGUGGGGGUGAUAGUGGUGGGGAUGAUUUAGAUGGUGAUAGUAGUGGGGGUGAUAGUGGUGGGGGUGAUAUAGAUGGUGAUAGUAGUGGGGGUGAUAGUGGUGGGGGUGAUAUAGAUGGUGAUAGUAGUGGGGGUGAUAGUGGUGGGGGUGAUAUAGAUGGUGAUAGUAGUGGGGGUGAUAGUGGUGGUGAUAACGAACUCCCACUGGACUUCUGGGUCGAGGUGUCGCUUAAGGAAACGGAUGCUUGUGGGGCGAAGGCGAUGGGGUAA